AUGAGUGCGAGUCAAGCCCGGGAGGAGGAGGGGCACGCGGAUGCCAUGGCCGACGAACCCGAGCUGCCUCCAAGCCACGCCUCCGCCCACGCCCGAAGCUCGAGCUCGAGCGAUGAAGAGACUGUCAAGGGCGACCGGGAUGAAGAUCAGAUUGCCAACAUUCUAGAAGAGGAGGAUAGCGAACAUGGCUCUGGCGCACCCUCUGCCGGCCCAAGCUCUGCUGCGCAUCGUUAUCGGGAACUACUCGAACCUGAGCCCGAGGCGCCCUCCGAAGAUGGAUCGACCGACGCUAUCCCGCGGCUUGCUGUAAGCCCGAUGGGCUCCAUGCUCUCGGUGCCGGAUGAUACACCCUCAGUCCAAGGCUCCGUGAUAUCCUCCCCUAGCAGUAGUUUGCUGCCUUCCCACGCCUCAAGGACCGGCCUGGCGAGUCCCACGCCAUCCUUCCGACCGUUUGACCAAAGAUUCCAAUCGCGAAUUGCUUCGCCGCACCUGUCGUCGCCCAGACCAUCGUCACCUGCGUUUUUGCCAACCCAUAGCCGGAAUGUCUCACUGAGCAGCCAGAUACUGCUCGACCCUGGGGAUACUGAGUCCCAGUCCCCGCCGUGGGAGGUCGUGCGGUGGACAAAGUUGAAGAAACUAAACGGGCAGGUCUUUUCCGAAGCGGGGAGGCGGAAUUUUGGUUCUCCCACCUGCCUCGCUGUGUCCGCUGCUAUCGUGCUGGGCACUUCCAAGGGCAUCAUCCUGGUCUUUGACUACAACCAAAAUAUCAAGAUGAUUAUCGGCCCCGGAACCAAAGCUGUCGAAUCUGGCCCCAUCACUGCCAUCGCCAUAUCAGCGGAUCAUACGACCAUUGCCGGCGGACACGCGAGUGGAAAUAUCUUUACCUGGGACACUUCCAGAGCCGCUCGGCCGUUUCUCUCCAUCCCUAGUCUUGAUCCUGCUCAGAUACAUAGUCGUGGAGAUGGCCACCUUCACAAUGUCAAGGUCACUCACCUUGGCUUCCUUGGAACCCGACACACUGCCUUAGUUUCGGCCGAUGACCGAGGCAUGGCUUUCUCGCAUUUGGCAACAAGAGGAACGGGCUCCCUUGGCCGGACUGUCAAGACCACGAGGAUAUUAGGCCGAUAUCCAGACUCCAAGCCACCACCGGGCAAGACCCUAAAGCCAAGUACCGUCCUCGCGUUUUCAUCCCUACCGCUUGGGAACGUCGACAUGGCGACUGAUGGCUUGGGCCUGACCGCGAUGUUGACCCCUUAUUUGCUCGUCAUCGUCUCCACCACCCCGAUUGCUCAAACCCAACACAAGUCCGCUCGGCCAAAGGAAAUUGCCGCUCAUAGUGCUAUGACGGGUUGCCUAGCUUGGUUUCCUGGGGUCAAGCUAAAAGUAGCAGACCCGGACACUGGCAGCCCAAUUUCCAAGGUCAAGUUAGUGUACGGUUGGUCCAAUGUUCUUACCGUCCUCGACGUCGACGAAAUACAGUCAGAUGACAAAGACAAACCACCAAGCCUCCGAUUCAGGGCACGGAGUCGGUGGAGGUGUGAGGAAGCCAUAGUCGCGGUGCAGUGGCUAAAGGACCGAAGCAUGCGUAUGACCGAGGCCUUUGAUCUCAUCCACAAGCACAUCUACCACAUUGAUUUGUUCUCGAGGCAGCUCAAUGCUUUGGUGGAACAAUUAGACGAGGAGGAUCCCUCGAUGCACGGCGUCGUUGCUGAUGCCUUUUACAUGAGCCUCAAAACCUACAAGGGACGGCUGUUUUUGCUCGGUGUUCACGACAUAUCCAUUGGCGCCCUUUCCAACUGGGCUGACCGCCUCAUCGCGUUGAUGGAGAAUGGCGACUAUGUCGGGGCCAUCAGACUCGCGACAUCCUACUACACAGGAGACGCCAAUAAGCUCACGGUUGGGCUCCCAGAGGAUACAACUUCGCGCCACGCCAUGGUGCAAGACAAGCUCAUGGAAAUCAUGACUGCAUCGCUCAAGUAUGUCUUUGGUCAAAGGCAAAAAGACCGGCAUUCCAUAAAUGAUAGCCACCUUCGGGAGCUCUCCGAAACCUGUUUUCUCGCCUGCACUAGUAUUGGCGACAUCGACUUUCUCUUUGACGAAGUGUACGGAUGGUACGAAGAAGCCGGCAUUCCAGGAGAUUUCCUCGAGACGCUAGAACCUUACAUCCUCGAAGGAUCUAUCACGAUCAUCCCGCCAAUUGUCGUGAAAGCCAUGGUUGCCCAUUUCGUCGCCAAGGGGUGGGAGAGCCGGCUUGAGGAGAUGAUCUGCCAUAUGAAUACGGCAACUCUCGACCUAGACCAGAUCACGGGGCUUUGCAAGCAACACAGCCUAUACGACGCCUUACUUUAUGUUUGGAACCAGGCGCUCCACGACUUUGUCACGCCCAUGUUUGACUUGCUCUCCCUUCUGGUCCCAUUGAUGCAGGUCCAGAGUGGGCAGUAUCCAGAUAACCAACUGGAUGCCGAAGCAUACGCGGUGAACGCUCUCAAGAUCUUCCCAUAUCUUUCUUACAUCCUCACGGGCCGGAUUUAUCCCACGGGCGAACUUCUUCCCGAGGAAGUUGCGCAGAAUGCAAAAGCCGAGCUCUACUGGCUGCUCUUCUCGGGCAAGAGCAUCACAUGGCCGAAGGGUAGCAACAAGCGCCUGCUUACACGGCCAGGUCAAUCUCAAGAACCCUCGUUUCCCUAUCUUCGGCUCAUCCUUAAUUUUGAUGCUGCAAGCUUCCUGAGCGCGCUUAAUGAGGCAUUUGAGGAUUCGUUUCUCAACGACUCCCCGGAAAAGGCGAGCGGUACCGCGGGCCGUGACCUACCAGAAGAACAAAUAUUUGGCUUGACUGUGAAUCGGCAGUACAUCGUCUCUAUUUUGAUGGAGAUCAUGGGCUCUGCGGGCUUCACCUCUCAUGAAACCAUCUACCUGGACAUGUUCAUCGCCAGGAACCUGCCCAAGUACCCACAAUACCUCCUAUUCCCUGGCUCAACGCUGAAUAAGGUCCUGAUCGGGCUUUGCAAGUACCCCGGGGAAGACCUAGCGGAGGAUGCCCAGCUCAGUGCCGAAUACCUCUUGUCGGUGUACCAACCCCCAGACGUCACGGAGCUGAUUCCAAGCUUCAAAGACGCGGGCUUUUACCGUAUCCUCAAGAGGAUCUACAGGAGCGAGAAGCAAUACGGCAAGCUGAUCCAUACUUACUUUGAGGACCCUGAAGACCGAGAAGACGUCUUCAACUGCAUCGACAUCUACCUGCGGCCACAGGCUGGCCUCGCACAACGCCAGAUUCAAGACAUCCACCAAGUGAUCAAGCAGCAUGCAGGGGACCUCGUCGAGCUUGAGCCUAGCAUGGCAGCCACUACCAUUGCCAAGCACGCCCCUGAAUUACACCAACAUCUCCUCGACUCGACCACCGCGCAGCCUGGUUUGCAAUACGCUUAUCUCAAGACGAUCUUGGAGCCGGAGAAGGACACGACGCUUAUCCGGUCGACUGACAGGGACUUGGUCGAGCAUUACGUGCGUCUGAUGUGCCAGUUUGACCCGCAACAUGUAUCCGACUACGUCGGCUUAGUUCAGUCCUCCAACCUGAGGCUAGAACAGCUGCUUCCAACGAUGGAGCAGACCGGCGUCAUUGACGCGGCGGUCAUCCUUAUGGCGAAAGAGGGCCAGGUCCAGGAGGCUAUGGGCCGGCUGGUCAAGCACCUCCGGACGCUCGAGUCGGCGCUGCAGGGUCUACUCUCUGGGCCUCAGGACAACGCGUACGACUUGCAGACGUCUGCGGAGGAUUUGCUGCAGGGCCUGCGCAAGUUUGUCCUAGUGGGCAUCUGGCUGUGCCAGGGCCAGACGAAGACCGCACGAGCUGCGGCUUCGGGACGGCGAGGGCAGAAGGCCUCAUCCGACAGUAUGCUGUCGGCGGAUGAGAAUCUUUGGCUUGACCUGAUCGAUGCCGCGGUCCAGAUUACAAGACGUUUGUCCUCCGCGUUCCAAACUCUAUCUAACGAUGCCGACGUCGCCCAUUCCUCGUCGAACAGCAACGGGGACCAUUGCGCAUCUCAGCUUGAUACCGAUCGGCUCCUGUCCCUUCUGCGCUCUCUCGUACAAACAACAUUCACCGCUCUGCUCUCCUCCACCUCAACCCCCGCUGCGCUUCCCUCAUCCACCACAACGCCACCCACGACGAAAACGACGACCGCAACAACAACAGCCCGCAUCGGUGCGAACCUCUCCUUCCUACGCAUCUUGCGCGCCUUCCUCACUCGUGCAGCGGCCGCCUCACCCAAUCUUGCCGACCUGCGCGCCGUGCUCGCUUCCGUCUUCUCCGCCUAUGCGUACGAGGAGUCAAUCCUGCGACUGUCAAACCGGCUGCUAGACAAGUCGCUCUUCGUCAGCGUGGCGCAGGCGGUCGAACUACGGCAGCGUGGGUGGCGGCCUCGGGGGUCGACCUGUGAAGCGUGCGGGCGCCGGGUCUGGGGGCCGGGAUUGCAGCAGGCCGGGGGGAGGGUAUGGGAAGCUUGGGAGGUUGCUGAGGAGGAAAGGAGGAGGAAGAAGAGGAACAAGGCGGCGGGGCAUGGGGGUGGUGAGGAAGGACCAGAGCAAGGAAGGCUUGGGCACCCGGUUGACCCGGAAGAGGAGGCAUAUGCUGGGAAGGGAAAAGGGAAAGGGAAAGGAAGGGACUUGAGCCCCCGAGUGGGCGGGGAAUCUGGGGCAGAAGGGAGUAGUAGCACAGCAGACGCAGAGGCUGCGAAACAAGAUCCUCGUGAAGGGGCCACACUACAAGAAGGUAGAGCGAGUGUCGGGAAGAUGGGCAAGCAGCCAGCGCUAGGCCCGUUGGUCCUCCUGGCCUGCAGGCAUAUUUACCACCAGAGUUGUUUGGACACGUUACUGGCGAAUGAACGGGAGAGGGACACGGGCAGUGAGGGGGGGCGGAAAGAGGGCAAGUAUAGAUGUCCUAUCGACGGGUAG